CCAUAGUGCAGUAGCCAAUAUGUCAGCUUCCAUGUAAAUGCGUGAGUUUGAGCAAUGAUGUUUGUCGAGGAGGCUGAAAUAGCUGUUCUGUUCGGUUACACUCCGUCACGACUGCAGGAUGGUGGUUGUGGCACAGAGCUAUUGGAAUACUUUUUUCUUGGGAAAUAUGAAGAUGUCCUGACACAUGGCGUUGGUGAAAAACUUUUGAAGGAAAACCCUGGAAACAAGGACAGCUUAGUGGAAAUAGUUUCACACAAUGUGGAGAGAUUUCUUCUUAAUUCAGACAGAGACAGAGAUACUUUACAGCUGGAGGUUCUGCUGGUGGGAGCAUCAUGUCUGCAGCUGUUUGUACAGAACAACUGGACGGGUCCACUGACCGACACUCAAGUGACCGCGUACCUCCCCCCCUCUGUAUGCCAGUCACACAAGGCCUUCAUAGAGAACAUACUGAAUGAUCUGAGCCUGGAUGGUGCACCUGUCUACAGCCUAGCUAGACAUGUCACGUAUCUGUAUCUGGCAAGAGUUAUCUUCCUUGUUUGUCGUGACCAUUUAAAAAGUCUGCAGACGUCUGACUGGUGGCUGAUGAGGUACAUCAUACUGCAUCAGGAUCUGCUGGAGGAGAAGUCCCCGACUCUCAAGGCCAUUGUCCUAGAAAUCAUAGAUGAAGUGUCCAAGAGGGAACCACUGAUCACGAGUGAAGACAACAGGGAUGUGGCCAUCUUGUUCCACCUGGAGGCUGGACAUCUGUGUCACACGUUCUAUGAGUACAGGAGGGCCACAACAUGCUUCAGUGCUGCCCGGAAACUGUCUGGCUUGCAGGUGGAGCUCACAGGGGCGCUGGGCAAGAGGACCAAGUUUCAGCAGGAGGCGAAGGCUCAGCUGAUGUUGAAGGUUGUGCGGCCAGAUACGGAGAGCUCAACUGGAACAUUUGAAAGCAACACUGGUGAAGUUAUCAUUCCGAAGAACGUGGCUCUGGAUGAUGAUACUGUGUUGGAUGGUGUGCAGCUCUCGGAGACAGAUCAGGAAUUUUGUGUGCGUCUCUCACAACUAGACCAGGCUGUUGUCUUUGGAAUCAUGGAGGACUACAAGAGGAAGAUGGCCGUUGAGCGUCUGACAGAGGAGGAGAUCCUGACAUACGUGAUUGGUAUUAUAGAUCACAUGACCUGCUGGUGUGUUGGUACAACGUGUCUGGCACUCCGGUCCAAGCUCCAGUGGGACAGUCAGCGGAGGGUGGAGCGAUCCAUGAACCAGUACGAGGAAUUAGUGAGUCAGACUGAUCGACCCAACCCUCCAGUUAACAGAAGACAGAAUAUGUUCUACGCCUCCAAGAUGCCAAGCAUAUGGCAUCUUCAGAAGAACCUGGCGACACUUCUGCUGUCCCUGGGUCUGGUUGGGGCGGGACUAGAGAUCUAUGAGCGUCUUCAGAUGUGGGAAGAUGCCAUCGCAUGCUACCAGACGAUGGGGAAAGUGGAGAAGGCGGAAAGUCUGAUACGAGAACAGCUGGAAGUGAAGGAGACGUCCAACCUGUACUGUUUUCUUGGUGAUGUGACUCGGAAUGUCGACCACUACCACAAGGCCUGGGAGCUGUCCAACAGGAGGAGUGCCCGUGCCAUGCGAUGUCUGGGAUACCUGUACUUCGGCAGACAAGAGUUUGCACAGUCCAUGGAAUGCUUUGAAAAGUCCCUGGAAGUAAAUGCACUACAGAUCCCGGUGUGGUUUACAUACGGCUGUACUGCCAUGACCAUAGAGAAAUACGAAGAAGCAGCAGCGGCCUUCCGACGGUGUGUCAACAUUGAAGCUGAUAAUUUUGAGGCAUGGGGUAAUCUUUCCAGUUGUUUGGUGAGAAUGAAGAAACUACCUGCUGCAUUCAAAGUUCUGAAGGAUGCAAUCAAAUACAGCUUUGAUAACUGGAGACUGUGGGACAACUAUCUCACUAUCGGCACCGAUAUUGGAGAGUUUGAGGAUGUUAUUCACGCAUAUCACCGACUGCUGGACAUCAAGCAGAAGUGGACGGAUGUUCAGGUUUUGAGAAUCCUUGUAAAGGCAGUGACUGAAAACUUGAAGGAUGCUUCAGACAGACCAUCAGGCCGACUUCGCCCAAAGCUCCAGGAGCUGUUCGGUCGAGUCACAGCUGCAGUGACAACUGAGGCCGAGAUCUGGCGUCUGUACAGCAAGCUUGUCAGCAGUGUGGAUUGCCCUGAUCCAACAACAGCAGAGAGGGCCGUGCAGUACCUUCAGAAGGCUCAUCGCUGUGUGAUGCAGACCUCCGGGUGGGAGAAGGAUGUGGAUCAGUGUGUGACUGUAGCAGAGCAAUCUCAACAACUAGCCACAGAACAUCUUAAGUUCACAGAGCAUUGUGCACCAUCACAAGCUAUCAGCUCCUUGUCAUCAGCUAAACUGAUGCUGAAAAGCCUCCUGGUGAAGUUAAAGCAGGCAAACACGGACCCUGUGACACAAAUACUGGCCCAGAAGCUACAGAAGCCUUGUGAUGACCUCAGUGCCAGUCUGGACACAAUAGUCUGCAGAAUCGAUGAGCUGAAGGGAACAUGAUCAAGGACUUCUGUGAUAUUGAUUUUUUUAUUAAAAUGACCAAUGUA